AUGUCGAAGACCCUUCUGUCUCGCAUCAAACCCAUCCACAACCCGAAGCCCGCUUCUUUAUCUUCUUCUUCACCACCCCACAUCAAGAGGCUAGUCAAUGACACCAUCCAAAUCCUCAGAGCCGACGACCAGUGGGAGCAAUCUCUUGCAACCCAAUUCUCCGAAACCGAAACGCUUGUUUCCGACGUUGCCCAUUUCGUUUUGGACCGAAUACAUGAUGUAGAAUUGGGUUUGAAGUUCUUUGAUUGGGCUUUUAAGCGACCCUAUUGCUGCUCUCCAGAUGGGUUUGCGUACUCUUCGCUUUUGAAGCUUUUGGCGAGGUUUAGAGUGCUUUCGGAGAUUGAAUUGGUAAUGGAACAAAUGAAAUUUGAAGAAGUAAAGCCGACCAUUGAUGCGUUGAGUUUUGUAAUUCGCGCAUAUGCAGAUUCUGGGCUCGUUGAUAAGGCUCUUGAAUUUUAUUGUUUUGUAGUUAAAGUGUAUGAUUGUGUUCCGGAUGUUUUUGCGUGCAAUACAUUGCUAAACGUGCUUGUAAAGAAUCGGAGAGUUGAUGUUGCACGCCGGGUGUAUGAUGAAAUGGCUGAGAAAGGUGGUGGUGAUCAUUUAUGUAUGGAUAACUAUAGUACUUGUAUCAUGGUGAAGGGUUUGUGUAAGGCAGGGAAAGUUGAGGAAGGUAGAAAGUUGAUUGAGGAUAGGUGGGGAGAGAGUUGUGUACCAAAUGUUGUUUUUUACAAUACACUUAUUGAUGGAUAUUGUAAGAAAGGUGAUGUCGAAAAUGCUAAUUGGCUUUUUAAAGAGUUGAAGUUGAAGGGGUUUUUGCCCACGUUGGAAACUUAUGGAGCUAUGAUAAAUGGGUACUGCAAAGAAGGAAACUUCAAAGCGAUUGAUCGACUUUUGAUGGAAAUGAAGGAGAGAGGCUUGACUAUCAAUGUUAAAGUACAUAAUAGUAUUGUUGACACUAGAUGUAAACACAGUAGCUCGGCUAAAGGAGUGGAGUCUGUAACAAUGAUGAUUGAGUGUGGUUGUGAGCCAGAUAUUACGACCUACAAUAUUUUGAUUAAUAGUUCAUGUAAGGAUGGGAAGGUUGAGGAAGCUGAGCAGUUUUUAAACAAUGCAAUGGAAAGGGGAUUGGUGCCAAAUAAGUUUAGUUAUACUCCUCUUUUUCAUGUCUAUUUCAGAAAAGGGGAACACUGUAGGGCAUUGGAUAUAUUUACUAAGAUAACUGAAAGGGGACACAAACCUGAUUUGGUUUCUUAUGGAGCUCUCAUCCAUGGACUUGUUGUUUCUGGGGAAGUUGAUACUGCAUUGACAGUCCUAGACAGAAUGAUGGAAAAUGGAGUUGUGCCUGAUGCUGGCAUUUUCAAUGUUUUGAUGAGUGGCCUUUGCAAGAGAGGGAGGCUUUCUACUGCCAAGCUGCUGCUUGAUCAGAUGCUUAACCAAAAUAUACCACCAGAUGCAUUUGUUUAUGCCACUCUGGUAGAUGGGUUAAUCAGAAAUGGAGACCUUGACGAGGCAAAGAAACUAUUUGGGUUAACAAUUGACAAGGGUCUAGGCCCUGGUGUUGUGGGGUACAAUGCCAUGAUUAAGGGUUUCUGCAAAUUUGGAAUGAUGAAGGAUGCACUGUCAUGCUUUAAAAAAAUGAGGGAAGUGCAUCAUCAUCAUCCUGAUGAGUUCACUUAUUCAACAAUAAUUGAUGGGUAUGUCAAACAGCAUAACUUGGAUGCUGCCCUGAAUUUUUUUGAACUGAUGAUCAAACAGGGAUGCAAGCCAAAUGUGGUCACGUACACCUCCUUGAUAUAUGGGUUUUUCCACAAGGGAGAUUCCUGUGGAGCUGUAAAAACUUUCAGAGAGAUGCAAUCUUGUGGUAUGGAGCCAAAUGUAGUCACAUACAGCAUACUUAUUGGAAACUUUUGCAAGGAAGGUAAACUUGCAAAAGCAGUCUCCUUUUUUGAACUAAUGCUGAAGAACAAGUGCAUUCCUAAUGAUGUUACCUUCCAUUAUCUGGUCAAUGGGUUCACAAAUAAUGAACCUGGUGCAAUUUUGGAGGAAGUGCAUGAGUCUCAAGAAAAUGAGAAAUCUAUUUUUCUGGGUUUUUUUGGAAGGAUGAUAUCAGAUGGUUGGUCUCAGAAGGCUGCUGUUUAUAGUUCCAUUAACAUUUGCCUUUGCCAUAAUGGGAUGGUUAAAACUGCAUUACAGUUGUGUGAUAAGUUUGUAAAUAAGGGUAUCUUUCUAGAUUCUGUUUCUUUUGCUGGUCUGCUUUAUGGUAUUUGCUUGGAAGGAAGAUCCAAGGAAUGGAAGAAUAUCAUCUCUUUUGACUUGAAGGACCAGGAACUCCAAACUUCUUUAAAGUACUCGCUCAUAUUAGAUGAUUACUUACAUCAAGGAAGACCAUCUGAAGCUACACUUGUUCUGCAGUCAUUGGUUGAAGAAUUUAAGUCUCAAGACCAAGAAGUGGCUCUUACAGACAUAAAAACAUAG